CAGUAACAUAUAAACAUAUGUGACCAGUGACCUUGACAGCUAGCUACCUAAUAUUGUAUGUCAUCAUAUUAUUGAAUAAAUAAUAAUGAUGAUAGAAUCGUGGAAUAUGAAUUGUGAAUUCUUUAUUUGAAUAAAGUAACUACCGUUAGAUAUAACCAUAUAGAGGCAGAAGUGACUUAUAUGUCCAUGUAUUAUUCACCGUGAACAUUUAACAGAAAUAACUUGGGAUAUGUUUAUCAAAUUACUUUUGAUUAUCAUUUUUGUCCACGAAACACCAUUGUUAAAUCUUGUGAAUGCUUUACUCUAUGAAAUAAAACAGAAUGAACACGAUCGUGUAUACGAUGUUCCUAUAAUCACUAGUGAAAUAAUAUUAACGUGUUCAUUUGGAUCGAAAUGGUUUAUUCCAUCAACUGUACCUUAUAAACUUAAACCGGUAGCUGAAUUCAGCAUAGAAAGGAAUCAAAGUACCCUCCUAAUUCGACUGUCCAAUACAAAUGCUGAACAUUCUUAUUUUCGUGGACUAUACCAGUGUUGUCAAUCUUCCAGCUAUCAGGGUAAAGGGACUGUAAACUGGCUUCCGAAAGAACCAACGUGUUGUCCAUGUUGUCCUUGGUAUGAACAAAACCGCUGUUUAUUUAAACAAACUGAUACAAUGAAUGAUUUACCCAAGUUAAAAAAUACUUCACCGCAUUGUGGUAGCGUUUUUCUAUACACUAAUUCAGUGAACAUGGAUCCUGUACAGUUAGAUGUUAUACGUGAUCAACCUAUGCUCAUACCGUGUCCCGCACUAAACAGCACAUUAAAAAAUCAUGAUCCCCUAUUUUCGAUUGAUUAUCAACUAACACCACAUAGAUCAAGUCGUCAGAUAUGGUAUCCUUUCGACAGAUCAAUGAAUAAUCCAUCCACAUCAGUUUCAUACUAUUAUGAUAACCGUUUUGGUUUAUGCCUUUUAAAGUCACAAUUUCCACGUGUUAUGUUAUUCAUGUUAUGUAAUUAUGGCCAAAUUAACCAACAGCGUACUGUUCAACCUAUAUGGCCACUCUCCACGCCGGUCAUUGCACCAGAAAUGCAUUUUUAUUUGCAGUCUAUCGAUAGUGGGAAUAAUGAAAUUAAAAAUGUAGUCAACACUAAUUACUCUUCAAAUUUUUUAGAUGAAAUUAACUGGUUUUUAAAAUAUUCUGAUAAUUUAUUAACAUUUCGUGUAUCACAGGAAAUAAAAACUUUACGUUUGACAUGCAUCGGUAGUUAUAUGCAAAAGCACAUUGUGCAUAAACCAGUACCAAAGUUAUGUUUUCGGUGGAAAACUUUGAAUAAAGUAAACGAAACACUACUCAAGACAGUCAACCAACAUCAGUAUUAUCUACCUGAAGAUAAUAGUACCUGGGCAAGAACAGAAUGUUUGAGUACUCAUCAAACGUUUAACAAAUUGCCAAUUCUCUAUGCUUUUUCUAGUUAUCAACUUGCAUUAUUGACGAGACGUCAGACAAUGAAUAAUACACUGAUUGUAUGCGAGACAACCACACCGGACAGAAUGGCACCUAUAAGUCAGAAAAUAAUUCAAAUCUUGUUAACCGAUAGUCAAAUUCUUAACAGAUUACACGUCAAUUUUGAUUGUGAUUGUUUAGUUUCAAAUGAAAAUAAGACAUCUUUAAGUGAAACCAAUCGCUUAAACUUAAUCAUAAGCAAUGACACAUUCAACUUGAAUGUAUCAUUUUGGACAAACCAUGAAAUCGAGAGCCAACCAUUCUGUAUACUUAAUAAAAACAACACACAACAAUCUGAGAACUAUAAAGACAUACAAAUAAAUUUAAUUCGUACCAGGUACGCUUGGAAAUGUUGUAUUCGGUCAAAACUUAAAUCAGUAAGUCAGACAGUAAAUUUCUCCAUUGGAUAUGGUAAAAUAAAACGACAUUUCCAAUUACUUGUCAUCAAAUCUCUUCUAGAAUCUCCUAGAAUAAUUCAAAACCUUCAAAGUGAUGUUACACAAGAACAAAAUCUCCUGUGUGUUCCGAGUGACACUGAAAGGAGGAUUGUAGAAAAUCUCGGCUACAAUCAUCCUCGUAAUGUUACUUGGUUCAUUUCUAUUGGUAACGAAACUCUUAAUUAUACAACAUUUGAUAAGACACUUGUACAUAGACUGAGUCUGCCGCCUAUCUAUAACGCCACUAUUUAUCCAAAGAUAUCAUUCGAUAAGAGUCCAGAACUGGCGGAGCGAAUCAAUGAAGUAUCCAACGUUAGUAAUUUAUAUUCAAAUUACUGGCCAGAAAAAUUGUGCGCGAAAUGUGUUAGUUUUUAUCAGACUGGAAUUUAUAGUACUGGACAAGAAAAGUGUGUCAUUUUCAACGAUUUCACUGUUGUAGAAUUCCUGAACAGCAGUUCACAGGACAGUUUUAUGGAUAACACUAUGAAUAAAAGACAGCUAUACUUUAUUAUCAAGACAUAUGGUUCUCCAAAGUCCUAUGAAAUAGACUUACAACUGAAUAAUUCUGAGAUUUUUGUAGUUGAAGGUACAUCUGUGGAACUAGAAUGUAUCCGGAAAUUACAUACACGACCUAGAAAAAUUGAAUCCGAAAAAUGGCCUCAAUUAUUUAACAUUUAUGCACAAAAUAAUUCUGUUCAGAAUAAAUUAUGGUUAUCAUCACCGUAUUCAUUGAAAGUAAAAAGUGUUAUUCAGUUCAAUGCAUCACAAAAUGAUCAGUUAAGUCAAUUCAAAUGUUCACAUGAAGAUGAACAAUACUUGAUUAAAUUCAAUACAUAUAAACAAAUUCAACCAAAAAUCUUAAAGCCGACACAAAGCAUACAGUCAGUCAAACCCUUCAUAAAGCAUAAACAGUUAAAUAACAGUAAAUCUAUUGAUAACACUACUGAGAUAAGCAUAGAAUUAACCUGUCAGGCUAUUGGUUUACCAAGACCAAGUAUACAAUGGAUGAAAGCAGUGUAUAAUGAAAGUAAAAUGCUUAUAAAGUGGGAAACUGUACAAAUAUGUUCAGUGGAACAUGAAAAUGAUGCUGUUUUAACAAUUUAUCCAACAAAUAUUGAUCAAAAGAUUCAAACUUGUACAUACAAUCUAUCUUUGCCAUUCUCGACAAUCUUCCUAAACAGUUUAAAUGAAUCUUACUAUAAAUGUUUAGCUAACAAUACUGCAGGAAGCAUAAAUAAACAGAUUAAUUUAGUUUAUACAGAUUACGAUUAUAUAAAUGUUUAUACAUCUACUAAACUACACAGCAUUAUAAAAAAGAUAGGGUUAUGGGUUAGUUUAGUUAUCUUACCAGUAACCUUAAUCACCAUCAUCUGCAGUAUAAUUAUAUGCUUAUAUUAUAAAAUUAAUUUCAAAAGUCAAUAUUCAUCAAAUAUUUCACUCCCGAAUAUUCUUUAUAAACGUAUAUAUAAUCAUUUUCAUGCAUAUCAGUUUAAACCACCUUCUUUGUUAUCGUCAUCAACAACAACAUCAUCCUCAUAUAGACUAUAUAAGGAUUAUAAAUCAAUUGAACACAUUUUAAAUGAAAUUUUAGGCUUAACUAAUGAUACUACUAUUCACACUAAUAGUGAUAUUACUAAUACGACAAUCACUACAACAGCAACAACAACAGCGACACCAACAACGACUAUUACAUCUGCAUCUACUAAUAAUAAUAACAACACUUUAAAUGAAAUUGAUAAAUGGUUAAUUCCACGUAAAUAUAUUAAAAGAUCAAACUAUCCACUCGGUUCAGGACAUUAUGGUACAGUGUUUAAAGCAUGGUUACACUGUUCAUUUGUCAGACAACAUAUUGACUGUCGACUAGGUGAUAUAUUAUUAAAAGGUGAUAAUCAAAAUUAUGCUGUUGCUAUAAAAGCUUCAUCAACAAUUGAACAAAAUAUGUGCAAAAACAAUGAAAAUCAUAAUAAUAACAAUAAUAAUCAUAGUGAUAGUAACAAUCUGUUAUGUUUAAAAAAUGAAAUACGUAUAUUAACCAAUUUGAAUAAUUGUGAAAAUAUUGUUAAAAUGAUUGGGAUAAUGUUAGACAACAGAGUGAAGAGAAGUAACCGUAACAGUCUACAAGGUGUAAAUUUAAUUCUUGAAUGUUGCAUACACAAGAGUUUAGCUAAUUUCAUUCGAUCGCAUUCACAUCAAAUUAUUGAUACUUUAAUGGAUUAUGAAGAGAAUCAUCUAAUCACAGCUGGUGAUAAAGACAAGUUGAAAACACCUGUGGAGGAUACAAAUGAACUAGAAAAGUAUCGAUUGACAGUUGGAGAGUUAUAUCGUUUUGCUUUUGGGAUUAUUUCUGGUGUUGUCUAUCUAGUGAAAAAUGCUGUGAUACAUAGGGAUCUAGCGACUAGAAAUAUUUUAAUUAAUCAUAAUUAUAUACCUAAAAUUAGCGAUUUUGGUUUGGCUGUACAACUUACACCGAUGAAUAGUAUAACUAAAGAUGAUAUUUAUAACAUCGAUGGUGAAUUCAAUGAGGAUCAGUUGAUUGAUGAAUAUUAUCGUGUUUUAACGCCGAGAAAAAAGUUACCACUUCGAAUUCUACCUCCAGAAGCCUUACUUCAGCAUAAAUUUUAUUUCAGUUCAGAUAUAUGGCAAUAUGGUUUACUUUUAUGGGAGCUGUUUCAUCUGGAAACCCGUCAACCAUUUCAGGAGAUAAGAACAUUUCAAGAAUUGGUGCGUAUAUUAACAGAACAUAGUAGUGUGAAGAGCAUGAAUAAUAAUUAUAGGGAAACUAGUAAGAACAAUAACUCCAAGUUAUCAGUAGAUGCAGCAAGAUCAGUAAUAAAUGGUGAGAAAUCACCUUCACCAUCUAUAUUGGAUAGACCUAUAUUAGUGAAUGAUGAACUUUGGGAAAUGAUGUGUGAGAUGUGGUCAUGUAAUCCACACAAACGUCCAACCGCAAUACAGAUUUAUGAUAAACUGAAACACUUACUUGAAGAUGAUAGUCAACAAUGGAAAUGUUUAGCUAUCCCACAUGACUGUAAUAGUCAUCAAUCACAGUCUCAGAAGUACCAUCAACAUCACCAUCAUCAUCAUCAUAUACAUCAUCAGUGCACUUGCUUAAAUUGUAAAUUUUCAAGAAAUUCAUCAUCCCUUGGAAAAGACAACUAUCCAUUACACAUGUAUGAAAAUACUGGUGAUUGUAGUCAUACUCCGUGUUAA